CUUUUCUUUUUAAAAUUUAAUUAUUAAUACUACCAAGAUGGAGUUUUGAGUGUUAGGAUUAUCCCGUAAGCAACCAAAAAGAGAAGCUGUUUAUUGAGGGAGGGGAUUAUGCAAUCGGCUUGCUCAUCUUUAAAGCUUUUUUUGAAUUAUUGUUUUCUUUUUAGGUUGCUUAUCUAUGGUAGAGCUGCAGGAAUUUUACUUCUGAAUUGAAUUACGAGGAUUUUGUUUACUCUUUAUUUUGCUUUUUUUUUAUCUCUGCUUGUUCUGUUGGUUCAAGUUCUUGUACCUUUGGUGUUGUUCUAUAACUUCAAAAAUCGCAUCCACAAAGAAGAAGAAAAAAAUAGAAACUUCUCAUCAUUGCUCUGGUUGCCGCAUCUAUAGUCAGGAUAUAUCUUUUGAAUGGGGACUGAUACUACCGAAGUUGUGGAGACUCCGUCUUAUUCCUAUCCUAGUUCCUUUAAGGUGCACCACGUGAUGUGCAUGGAGCUUAGGAAGUUUGUUGAUAGAUUUCUAAGGAUAUUUCCAGAGAUUGAAGCUGCUCGACCUAGAUGCUCGUCGGGAAUAAAGGCACUAUGCUCACUGAAUAAUGCAAUUGAGAAAGCUAAGUUGCUUCUUCAGUACUGCAGCGAGUCAAGUAAACUGUAUCUGGCAAUAACAACAGAUGCCAUAGUUUCAAGAUGUCAAAAAGCAAAGAACUUGUUGGAACAAGGUUUAUGCCAGAUUCAGAGUAUGGUUCCAGUUAUGCUGGCUGUUGAGAUCUCUCAAAUAGUUGAUGAUUUGCGAGCUGCAAAGUUUAUCCCUGAUAAAUUUGAUGCGGAGGCUGGGAAGGUUGUUAGAGAGUUGCUUCAGAAGGGAGCAGCAACGCCAGAUUCAAUGGAAUAUGCUGAAAUGAGAGCUCUUCAAACUGCAGCAUCACAACUCCAUAUUACAUCUUCAACAGCCAUCUUGAUAGAGAAAAGGUCUAUUAAGAAAUUGCUGGAAAAAGUUGGCGAUGCUGACAUACAAAAGAAGAAAAUCUUAAAAUAUCUUUUGUAUCUUUUGAGGAAGUACAGUCAUUUGAUUAUCGAAGAGCAAACGGAUAACACAGUUGAUAAUAAUGAAGGAGCAUUUACAGUUGACAACCCUGGUACUAAUUUUGUAUCCGCUCACUCUGUUGAUGUGGAUUCUCAUGAGUAUAAGCAGUAUGAUGCUCAAGCUGAUAAGUUAAGUGGAGUUUCACCUCCUGAGGAAUUUAAAUGCCCCAUAUCUUCAAGAUUGAUGUAUGAUCCUGUUGUCAUUGCUUCUGGACAAACAUUUGAAAGGGUUUGGAUCCAUAAGUGGUUUGAUGAUGGUAAUGAUAUGUGCCCAAAAACUGAAAUGAAACUGCUCCAUCUGUCAUUGACACCAAAUGCUGUCAUGAAGGAUAUGAUAUCAAAAUGGUGCAUGAAGUACGGAAUCACCAUUCAGGACCCAAGCUUGCAAUCAGAUACACUUCACUCAUUGGAAAAUUCUUCCAGUUCCAUAGCUAGUUUCGGCAGUUCUAUAAAUGAUAUGCGCUUUCCUGUGGACAUCAGCAACAUCUCGAUUGGAUCUUUAGAUAACAGUUAUAAUUCUGAUGGAUCACGAAACAAGGUUGCUGAUGGCUCAAGAUUGAUACGAGAGCAGAUCAGUGAUGAUCUUUGCCAAUAUCAAAAUCCUAGCAAUGCAAGCAAAAUGGAUGUGGAAUCUCUAUGUAGCCUUACUGAGCUUGAUUGGGAAUCACAGUACGAGAUUGUUGAAGAUAUGAAAAAUCAUUUGAAAUGUGAUGAUUUAGCUUGUAUGUCCCCCAUGUCAUCCAAAAAUUUCAUCGAACCUCUGAUUAAAUUUUUGAGCUGUGCUCUUGAUAUGGGUGAUAUUAGAGCACAAAGAGCUGGAUUUCAGUUGUUAUUGAUGUUUUUGAACAAAAACAGGAAUGGAAUACGGUACUUAAAUGAAGAUGCAUAUAGCCUGCUGUCAUUGUCUCUCAACUCAGAAGUGACUAAAGAGGUUCUUGACAUUAUAGAAGUAUUAUCUGGCCAAAGCAGUUGCAAAUCUAAGAUUGCUGCAUCUGGUGCUCUUAUUUCCAUUUUAAAUAUUCUUGACUCAAAGAUCACAGAGUUCCAGGUGCAAGUCAUUAAAAUUUUGCACAAUCUGUCCUCAAGCCAUGACAUUUGUUCCAAUUUAGCAUCUUUGGAAUGCAUCCCAAAGUUUGUCCCGUUUCUAGAAGACGCUACUCUUGCGAGGCACUGCAUAGUGUUGAGAAAUUUGUGCAAUAACCAAGAGGCCCGGCUUUCCAUUACUGAAACUCCUGGAUGCAUUACUUCUAUUGCCAUGUUAAUUGAGACCGGCAGUCAUGAGGACCAAGAACAUGCACUGGCUAUUCUCCUCGCAUUGUGCUCUCAACGUGUUGAAUAUUGUCAAUUAGUGAUGGAUGAAUGUGAUAUAUUCCCUUCCCUUUUUGAUGUUUCUGUUAAUGGGAGUGAUAAAGGAAAGGCAAGUGCGAUGGAAUUGCUGCGUCUGCUUAGAGAUACUAACAAUGAUGAUGAGGAACAAGACCGCCUCCAAUCUGACGAUGUUUCAUCCAAAGAUGCUAGCAACUAUUCUAAAGACAAUAAGUCUCAUAAGUCAUUGUUCGGAGUGAAACUGUCGAUGUUCUCAAGAUCUAGAGCACAUAGAAGGAAGAAAUGAAACUCGGAUUUUCUGCUCUCUUUUCGCAUCCGGGUUUGUAUUCUACCUGGUAAGAUUCUUUCCCCUUCCCUGGGAUGGAUUUGCUUACCGGAAUUUGGGAACAUAUCAUCAUAAUGUUACUAAAUGUAGUUGGUGAUUUUGUUUGGCUCCUUCACUAAUUUUCAUGAUCUAGUUUCUUAGGUUUGAUUAUUAUCAUUUGAAUGAUAUAUAUCUUGUAUCAUUUUCUGAUUGUAUAAUUCUUCAGAAUGUACAGUUUUUGGCUAGUGUUGAAUUUUUCUUUGUAUCUUCUUUCC